CGCUUAUAGUGAAACAGUCGUCACAAAAAGAUCACAGAUCAAAUACCCAGAAAUAAGAAAAAAUAUCAACGCAACAGAAAAGUUCCCCUCCCACAAUCGCAUCCCUAAAACCAGACGAAGUCGUGUCACAAUCAACGUUGCAGCCGGUUAAACCUGUGGUAAAACUAAACCAGGCCCAGACACCAGACACAUUUCUGAUUUUGUCUAUCGCAUCACAGUACGAUGCAUGUAGUUUGACUUUCUUUUCAUUCAUUUGUAGUGAGUAGUGUAGUUGUAAUAUAUACAUUAGUGUAAACAAAAUUAGUAGUAUUUUGUUGACGGUUCAUAAAAAGUGUGUACGUUCCCAACACAAAGUAGUUUCCAGUUGCUUUUCUGUAAAUGAUUCAAAUAGCCAAUAAAAAAUGACAAGAGGUAUUCUAAGACUACACCACUCUUUGAGACAAUCCCGUGGUGUUACGUACACUUUGCGGAUAUGGCGUCCUUCUUUAGGAAAUGGAGGAAGAACUUUUUCUACUUCGAGAUAUCUUGGAAAGGAAAACGCUGUGAGGGGAACAGCCUACAACAACUUGACUAUAGGGGUGCCAAAGGAGCUUUGGAAAAAUGAGAAGAGGGUUGCUAUUACACCAGCCGUGACAGAAACUCUAGUGAAAAAAGGAUUCAAGGUGAAUGUAGAGGAAGAUGCGGGAGUUUUAGCAAAAUUCAGGAAUAAAGAUUAUGAAAGUGCUGGUGCUAAGUUGGUAGACACUCACAAUGCGUUUGCGACAGAUAUCGUUCUGAAAAUUCGUCAACCACUGGACCAUGAAAUAAACAAAUUCAGAGAAGAUUCAACUCUCAUAUCGUUCAUGUAUCCAGCACAGAAUCAGAAAUUGAUAGAACAAUUGGCGCAGAAGAAAAUCAACGCAUUCGCUAUGGAUUGCAUUCCAAGGAUAUCAAGGGCUCAAGUUUUCGAUGCAUUGAGCUCCAUGGCGAAUAUUUCUGGCUACAGGGCAGUUGUCGAAGCAGCUAAUCAUUUUCCAAGGUUUUUUUCAGGCCAGAUAACAGCUGCAGGAAAGGUACCGCCUGCAAAAAUUCUUGUGAUAGGUGGAGGUGUAGCAGGUUUAGCUGCUAUAGGCCAAGCAAAAAGUAUGGGAGCUAUAGUGAGGGCAUUUGACACUAGAUCUGCAGUUAAAGAACAAGUCGAAUCGUUGGGUGCAGAAUUUUUAACUAUCAAUAUAGAGGAAGAAGGAGGUACUUCAGCAGGUUACAGUAAAGAAAUGUCUAAAGAAUUCAUUGAUGCUGAACACGCCCUAUUUGCGAAACAAUGUAAAGAAGUAGAUAUUAUAAUAUCUACAGCCUUGAUACCUGGAAAGAAGGCUCCAGUACUGAUAUUGAAGGAACACAUUGAAUUGAUGAAACCAGGAAGUGUAGUGGUCGAUUUAGCUGCAGAAGCUGGCGGAAAUAUAGAAACCACCGAGCCUGGUAAAGUGUACACCUACAAUGACGUUGUACAUGUAGGUUUGACAGAUUUCCCCAGCAGGCUUCCCACACAAAGUUCGACUCUGUACGCUAACAAUAUUUCCAAAUUUCUUCUAUCGAUAGGAGAAAAAGACCAUUUCCACAUCAAUUUGGAGGAUGAAGUUGUACGUGGCAGCAUCAUUUUGGACAGAGGAAACCUCAUGUGGCCCCCACCACCACCAAAGGUGACUGCCGUUUCUAUGGCGCCUCCCAAAAAAGAAAUUGAGUUGGCUAAGGAGAUGAAGAAGGAACUAACUCCUUUUAGAGACAAUCUCAAUAAAUCCUUGAUGAUCACAACUGGAAUCGGAUCGAUCUUGGGUCUUGGCAUGUGUUCCCCAAAUCCUGAAUUCACAUCGAUGCUCUCGAUUCUGGGUCUCUCAGGUAUCGUUGGUUACCAUACAGUAUGGGGUGUUACCCCCGCUCUCCACUCGCCUCUCAUGUCGGUUACAAAUGCCAUAUCGGGAAUAACAGCAGUCGGAGGAUUAUUGUUGAUGAAUGGUGGAUAUUAUCCAACAAAUACGGUGGAGUCUUUGGCUGCGGCUGCUGCUUUCGUUUCAUUUAUAAACGUCUUCGGGGGAUUUCUAGUCACAAAGCGGAUGUUAGACAUGUUCAGAAGGCCUGGAGACCCUGCUGAAUAUAACUCUCUGUACGCUAUUCCAGCGGCGGGGUUCAUGGGGGCGUAUGGGUGGGCGACAAUGAAUGGCUUAGCUGAAAUUCAUCAAGCUGCGUAUUUGGCAGCAUCUCUAUGUUGUGUCGGGGCCUUGGCUGGUCUCAGUUCACAAGCAACAUCGAGAUUAGGAAAUAAUUUAGGAAUGAUUGGUGUUGCUGGAGGAAUAGCAGCUACUUUAGGACAAAUUGCUCCAAGUAACGAAGUAUUAGCACAAAUGGCCGCUUGCGUUAUAGCAGGUGGAGGGUUGGGAACUCUUAUAGCUAAAAAAAUACAAAUAACUGAUCUUCCCCAACUUGUCGCCGCAUUUCACAGUUUAGUCGGACUAGCAGCUGUUCUGACAUGCGUGUCGACAUUCAUGCAUGAUUUUCCUACUUUCGCCACAGAUCCAGCUGCUAAUGUUAUCAAGACGGCACUCUUCUUGGGUACAUAUAUCGGAGGAGUUACUUUCAGUGGUUCCCUCAUAGCAUACGGAAAGCUCCAAGGGAUAUUAAAAUCUACCCCUCUUCUAUUACCAGGACGUCAUGCUCUAAACACUGGUUUGCUGUUGGCAAAUGUUGCUGCGGGAGGAUAUUUGUUUUAUGACCCUUCAUUGGUCGGUGGGUUGGGAGCUCUGGGAACGACAGCUGCAUUAUCUACAGCAAUGGGUGUCACUUUGACAUCUGCUAUCGGAGGUGCUGAUAUGCCAGUGGUUAUCACUGUCCUUAAUAGUUACUCAGGAUGGGCUUUGUGCGCAGAAGGUUUCAUGCUCAACAAUAACCUUAUGACAAUCGUAGGAGCUCUUAUAGGAUCGUCUGGUGCCAUUUUAUCAUAUAUCAUGUGCAAGGCAAUGAACCGUUCACUUCCCAACGUCAUUCUUGGAGGUUAUGGUACGUCAAGCACUGGAACUGGAAAACCGAUGGAAAUAACUGGAACACAUUCUGAAAUUAACAUCGAUGGGGCAGUGGAUGCCAUCAAAAACGCCAGAAAUAUCAUCAUUGUUCCUGGUUAUGGACUAUGUGUGGCAAAGGCACAAUACCCGAUUGCAGAGAUGGUGAACCUGUUGAAAUCUCAAGGCAAGAAUGUUAGAUUUGCCAUCCAUCCUGUCGCAGGUGAGUACAAGUGUUUGCAUUCAAACAUGCGUUUGACUGUGUGA